UUAAUAUUUUUCCAAUAAAAAUGUUUUUCGACGAUAGUUCGAGUGAUGAAGAAAAUCUUUUAACACCUCAUAGACGCGGACUAAGAGACAGUAGCAACCCACUUUCAUUGUGCGAAAAUGAGUUUCGGCAAUAUUUUAGGCUUAGCCGGGAAGCUUUUAAGUACGUUUUGGAUGUUGUUCCUUUUUCUACAAGCUCCAGAAACACCGCGAUUCCUACUGUUUUAAAACUAGCGGCCACUAUGAAUUUACUCUCCAGUGGAUCAUAUCAAAUAAAUGUUGGAGGCAGCUUCGUGCUCGGGAUGGCUCAACCAACAGUAUCGUUAGUUUUUAACGAAACAAUUACACUUUUGGAAAAUUUCUUAUGUGAACAGUGGAUAGUGAUAGAACCAACGUCUUUCAACACCACUAAAGCAUAUUUUUUCAAUAAAUUUAAAAUACCCGGUGUAGUAGGAUGCAUCGAUGGAACCCAUAUACCGAUAUUAAAACCAACGCAGGAUGAACACAUGUUCUUCAAUCGAAAAGGCUUCCAUAGUAUAAACGCUAUGAUAAUAACCGAUCAAGAAUAUCGCAUUAUGGCGGUAAACUCCCGCUAUGGUGGUGCGGCUCACGACUCGUUUGUGUGGAGUAUGAGUGAUGAGAGACAAUUUUUUCAAGAAGGUUUUCAUAAUGGUGAUUCGAGAUUGCUAGGUGAUAGUGGAUAUGCAUUAGCGCCAUGGUUAUUAACACCAUAUAGAAUUGCCAAUGAAGGCUCUGGAGAAGAGAUAUUCAAUACUAUACAUUCUACUGCAAGAUGUUCAGUUGAGAGAGGUAUUGGUGUGUUGAAAGCUCGAUGGAGAUGCCUUUCUUCAGACCGCAAGCUUCGGUACAGCCCCCAGAGAGUGUCAUCUAUAAUCAAUGUGUGCUGUGCUCUUCAGAACAUAUGCAUUGCUUAUAAAAUACAGAUCGGUUUUCCUAAUUACCCAUCAGAAGAACCAAUAUUUGUAUAA